AUGAACCUGACAGAGUUUAACCUACUUGAUCGCUGUGAGCAUUUCUCCUGUCCAGAGAGAUCUGUAUCUCCUGCAGUUUAUAUCUUACUGUAUGUGUGUGGAGCUGCUGUGGUUCUUCUAACAAUGUGUGGAAAUCUGCUCAUCAUCAUCUCUAUUUUUCACUUCAAGCAGCUUCACACACCGACCAACAUGCUCGUGCUCUCACUGGCCGUGUCGGAUUUCUUUGUCGGUGCUUUUGUGAUGCCUCCAAUGAUCAUAUGGAUUAUUGAGUCAUGCUGGAUUUUUGGAAGAAGUUUCUGCAUCAGUUUUUGGUUUAUUGGGGGUUUCAUCACAAUCCUGUCCAUCUAUAAUAUCGCUCUGAUCUCUGUGGAUCGCUAUUUGGCUCUUUCACACCCUUUUUUCUACAUGAACAGAGUAUCAGUGAGGAUCAGUUGUAUAGUAGUUGUUUGUGACUGGUGUGUAGUGGUGACUUAUAUCUUAGCACUCAUUUAUUUCAAUGGAAACUUCACAAGUUCUGUAAUGUGUCCUGGAGAGUGUUUUCUCUUCAUGAAUGGGACUUGGGCUGUAAUUAACCUUAUAAUAACAUUUAUCUUUCCACUUUCUGUCAUAAUCAUAUUGUACAGUCGGGUUUUUCUGAUCGCUAAGAAACACGCCACUGCUAUCAGAGAGCUUAAUAAUCACACACGACCUCAAACACAGAAAAUCACCUCCCACUCCAUGAAAUCUGAGAGAAAAGCAGCCAAAGUCCUCGGUAUUUUAGUGUGUGUGUUUCUGGCGUUUUUACUUCCAUAUUUUAUUUACAGUUUAUUAGGUGGCGUUAUUGAAAUACAAGCAGCAAUAUUUCAGAUACUUGUGAUGGUGCUUUAUCUGAAUUCUACCAUUAAUCCGGUUAUUUACGCUCUGUUUUAUUCGUGGUUUAGGAGGUGCAUUAAAUUAAUUAUAAAUCGGCAAAUAUUCCAAACAGAUUCUGCAUUAAUCAAUGUUCUUUAA